AUGACUCAGGGACGUGUGCUGGUCAUUGCUGGGUCGGACAGUUCGGGCGGGGCUGGACUCGAGGCGGACCAAAAGGUCAUCGCCGCCCAUGGCUGCUACGCCAUGACGGCCACCACGGCCCUCACGGCGCAAAAUACCCAGGGCGUCAAGGCCAUCCACGUCAUUCCUGUCGAGUUUGUGGCUCAGCAGAUUGAAGCCUGUGUUGAGGAUGUUGGUGUUGAUGUUAUCAAGACGGGCAUGCUUGCUGCUGCAGAGACGAUAGAGAUGGUUGAAAAGAUUGUUGUCAAGCACAAUAUCCCUUCUCUCAUCGUCGACCCCGUCAUGGUCUCAACCUCUGGAGCGACACUCCUCCCCAACGAAGCCGUCCAGCAUCUCUGCAAACACCUCCUCCCUCACACUACAGUUCUCACGCCCAACAUUCCCGAGGCGUUUCUCAUCCUCUCGCAGAAUGGUCAGUCUGCUCCUGAGGUGCGCAAUGUCGAUGACCUUGAGGCUGUGGCGCGGAGCAUUCAGGCUCUGGGACCCAAGUGGGUGCUUGUCAAGGGUGGUCACGUUCCCAUGAAGGAGGACCUAACCGUGGCUACUACUGAAGAGGAGAGAAAGUUUGUUGUUGAUGUUCUGGUUGGCGGCGACAACGAGGUCGUUAGAGUACAGAGCCCGUACCAGGCCAGCACGAGCACUCACGGCACUGGAUCGGCCAUCGCCUCCAACUUGGCCAAGGGGCUCGACGCCCCCAAAGCCGUUCGUUCCGCAUGCCGAUACAUCGAGGCUGCCAUCAGGACUGCACCCGGCCUGGGCAAGGGUCACGGUCCCCUGAACCACUUCCACUCGACUUAUACGCUUCCCUUUGCUCCGGGAUACUUUAUUGAAUGGCUCCUUGAGCGUCCUGACGUCCGUGACGUGUGGAGGGAGUUUGUCUACCACCCCUUUGUCAUGGCCAUUGGCGAUGGAACCCUCCCUCUCGAGUCUUUCAAGGGAUACAUUGUUCAAGAUUACCUCUACUUGAUUCACUUCUCGCGUGCCAACGCUCUCGCGGCGUACAAGGCGCAGAACGUCGAGGAUAUCACUAGAGCCACCGAGAUCGUCCAACACAUCAUGCACGAGCUCAAGCUGCACACCACAUACUGCGAGUCCUUUGGCAUCUCCAUCGCCGAGAUCCAAGCCACCGAGGAGAAGCAAGCUUGUACCGCCUACACCCGCUACGUCCUCGACAUUGGCCAGAACGGAGACUGGCUCGGCCUCCAGAUGGCCCUCGCCCCUUGCCUCCUCGGCUAUGGUGCCGUUGCCAGGAUGCUGCGAGACCACAAGGAUACUGUUGAGGAGAACAACACUUACUGGGCGUGGAUCAAGAACUAUAAUGAAGAUGACUAUACCCAGGCUGUUAGACUGGGAUCCGAACUGCUUGAGAAGCACCUUCAGUUACAGUCGCCAUCUCGAAUUGAGGAGCUCGUCCAGAUCUUUAUCAAGGGCCUCAAGUUGGAGAUUGGUUUCUGGGAGAUGUUCCCUUCCAAAUAG